CACGGCGGGGCGGCGGGGGGAGACCGCGGGUGCCGGCCGGGUUGGGCCGGGCUGGGAGGAGCGGGGCCGGUGGGGCCAUGGCCGGGAUGGUGCUGAGCUCCGGGCUGAGGCUGCUGCGGGAGCGGCGGGGCCGGGUAUCACCUUGCUUGAUCAGAAGAAUGUUUUUUGGAUAUCCCCUAACUAAAGCAGGUUCUGGGCUGGUUCAGCACACUAAAGAUGUUUGCUUGAGGUUCUGCAGACCACGGAGUUCUGCGGCAGCUGCUGACACAUCUGGUGAUGAUGCCUUACUGAAAUGGGGCCUUCUCCUGGUCCCUCUGACCACCUUUGGUCUCGGCACAUGGCAGGUUCAGCGACGAAAGUGGAAAUUAGAUUUGAUUGCACAACUGGCAUCAAGAAUUACAGCAGAUCCUAUCCCUCUGACAUUAGACCCCAUGGAACUGAAGGAGUUGGAGUACAGGCCUGUGAAGGUCCGAGGGCGUUUCGACCACUCCAAGGAGCUCUACAUUCUGCCCCGGUCGCUGGUGGACCCGGAGCGGGAAGCCCGGGAAGCCGGGCGGCUGACAUCCCACCCGGAGAACGGAGCCAAUGUCAUCACCCCCUUCUACUGCACAGAGCUGGGGGUCACGAUUUUAGUCAACCGAGGAUUUGUGCCCAGAAAGAAAUUGAAACCGGAGACCAGGCUGAAGGGACAGAUUGAAGAUGAAAUCGAUCUCACGGGGGUGGUGAGGUUAACAGAGACCCGGAAACCCUUUGUGCCUGAGAAUAACAUCGAACAAAACCGCUGGCACUACCGAGACCUGGAGGCCAUGGCCAAGGUGACCGGUGCUGAGCCCAUCUUCAUCGAUGCAGAUUUCAGAAGCACCAUCCCAGGGGGGCCCAUUGGUGGCCAGACCAGAGUGAGCCUGAGGAACGAGCACAUGCAGUACAUCAUCACCUGGUAUGGUUUAUGUGCUGCAACCUCGUUCUUGUGGUACAGGAAAUUUAUACAGAAGAUACCUCGGUGAGGGGAACCUGUAACCUAUUUGUACUACAGUCAGGAGCAGACUUUAUGGAAGACAGGAGCCUGAUCAGUCCUGAACAGCUGAAACACGCAGGAUUUCAGGGCAGUGUUCCACAAACGUCUGCCUCUAGCAAGCUGCAAAUCAACUUUUAAGCAACCCCUGCAGAGACUGAGCUCCCACCAGCGUGACUUGGCUGCAGCUUGGAAGCACUGAACUUAAAACAAUAAUCAAGGACACAUUUUUGUGUUGUGGUUGAUUGUAAGCUACAUUUUAACAUCUGCAGCGCUGCAUUUUCCAAAAGACAAAUCCAAAGGAUUUUGUGAAUCAAAGUUUCUUUGCAUUGAGUAGCCAUUCCUGAGGUCAAGAGUGGCUCAAAGUCGUUGCAUCAGAGUAAAUAAAGGCCUACAGGUCUCUGCUUUGUGA